AGCCCGGCAGAAGAUGGCGUCGGUCCGCUGCAGACGGGAUCCCUGCGGAGUUAUCUGUCUGAUUUUAACUUAUUUCUCCGUCUUCUACGCGGACUACGUGGUCAUACAGUAUGUCCUCAUCCCCGCAUACUCCGGCAGUGUGUGGUGUACUCUCCACGGCUCCGUCUUCAACCUGAUCCUGCUGCUGCUGCUGGCCUGCCACUCCAAAGCCGUCUUCUCAGAUCCUGGUAUGGUUCCUCUCCCUGAAACAGCCAUCGACUUCUCAGACCUUCGAUCUCAGUCGACUCGGAUGAAUGAACGGGGCUGUGAGGGAUGGACGGUGUGCAGUCGCUGUGAAACCUACAGACCUCCCAGAGCUCACCACUGCAGAGUCUGCCAGAGAUGCAUCCGUCGCAUGGACCACCACUGUCCCUGGAUCAAUAACUGCGUCGGGGAGCUGAACCAGAAGUAUUUCAUCCAGUUUCUCUUCUACACCGGCAUGGCCAGCCUCUACUCCAUGGUUCUGGUGGUGUCGGCCUGGAUCUGGAGGAUCAGGAGUGAGAGAGAAGGAGACGCAGAGAAAGAAGGAGAGGAGUCGCCCAGCAAACACCUGAUAGUGGCUCAUUACAUCAUCCUGCUGGUGGAGUCGGUGCUGUUUGGUGUGUUUGUGAUGGUCAUCUUCUACGAUCAGCUGGUCUCCAUCAUCACAGACGAGACGCCCAUCGAGCAGAUGAGGAACCGGCUGAUGAUCAAAGACCGGGGCUCCUCGUCUUCGUCCUCCUCUUCCUCCUCCCAGCCGCCCCAUCAUCAUCCUCCUCACACCAGGAAGCCCAAGCUGGCUCUGCUGAGGGAGGUGUUCGGACGAGGCUCGGUGUUCUGCUGGCUGCUUCCUCUCCACUCCAGUCCUCCAUCGGUUGGCGGCGUCUCCUACUCUGCUCUGCCCGACUACGACGUCUGAGGACGGAGGUGGAUGUGAGGGAAGAUUCUGCCUAAAACCAAGUCUUAUCUCUGGACCUGAGAGGAGGAUGGAGGAUGAAAGGAUGAAUGGAUGGAUGGAUGAGUGAGUGAACAGAUGAAGUGGUUUUCUCUCCAGGACCUCCACCAGAAGCUGCAGGGUGAUGAGCAUCAUCUCCUGAGGAACCUAAAUGUGAGAGUCGAUCCUCUGUGGACGCUGAGGUUUGACUGAUGUGAUUUACACGUUUUAUUACAUUAUCCAGACCAUAAUAGUCACAUAUAAAACCACUAGAACAUCCAACAGAAACAAAAAAAGCAACACAACAUCUCUGAGAAUUAGAAUAAAUGAGUCACACAGUCCUGAUUUAUCCUUUAACCUCUGAACUCAAGCAGCUGUUUGUUUUUCUGUUUUUACUUCUGUCUCGUUUCUCUUCACUGUAGGUCCAUUUUUCUCUCGACAAAACCAAGACACAAAACGACAAAACCAAGACACAGAAUGACAAAACCAAGACGCAGAACGACAAAACCAAAACGCAGAACGACAAAACGAAGACACAAAACGACACAAAAGAGACACAAUAACAAUUUGAUAUGAUUGAUUUUAUAUGAAAUCACACUUUUUUUUUUUUUUUUACAGUUUAUGGCUGAUAAUCGGAGUAUUUCUGUUAAUUUAAAUAUCCGUUGUCUUUCAAAGCUGCCAGAUGGUUUUUGGGUUUCAGAAGUUUAAAGAAUAAUCUAAGAGGGCAGAUUUUUAGAUAAACGUUUUAAAAUCAGGAGGAAAAAAGCCCAAAAACAGCAACAACAGAAAGACAGACGUGACUUAAUCCUCUUUAAUUAAAGUCCUAUUUUACAUCUCAGUCAAACCCGGUGCUUUCUGGAAGGAUGUGAAUCUAAACUGUCCUCGUGGUUGUUGAACUGUGGAAGCCUGAAAAUGAGUUUAUCACUGAUUUUAUUAUUAUUUACAAGAUGACAGAAAUUCUUUGUUUAGUUUGGAUCCCUGUCGAGUCGCAGCUUUAACUAACCGCUCCAAAUGUGGAUUUUUUUUACUGUUAAUGUGGAUAUCAGAUGUUUUUCACGAAGCUCAGCGAACUCACAGGUACAAAACAGGUCAAGCCUUAAAUUUAUUUCUGUUUUUUUUUUUUUUUUUUUUUUUAAAAAACAUUUUUGAUGACAUGAAGCACAGCACACUUUAUGGCCAAAAGCAUGUGGACACCUGAAUGUUCCACUGCUGUGUUCCAGCAUUAUUAGAGUUGGAUUAUCAGGUGUUUGGAUUCGCUGUGUGCAGAGACCAGUGGAAUAUUUUCACACCAAACUGGGAACCAAUUAAUUACAAAUCCUGCUUUUGUCAUGUUAAAAAACUGGAAAUGACAUAAAGUCCAAUUUAAACCAGUUAAAAACAGCCUGAGACUGUGUCCACAUACUUUUGGUCACAUAGUUUAAUAGUGCAGUUAAAUUAAACUGAAUACAAACACCAAAAAAUAAAUUAUGUAGGUAAAUUUUCUCCUUUUAUUUAUUUUAUCCUCAAAUUUAUAAUUGUUUACUUAAAUAUCCACAUCAGUAAAUAUUCCAACAUUAAUAUUAUUUAAUUGAUUUAACAGAAACUAAAGAGGUGGUUUAACAGGACGCUAAAAAGCAAACGGAAAACUUUUAUUGUGUUUUUUUUCUUCUCCAUUUCUGUGUUUAUCUGAAGUACAAAGACGUUACAGAUUUACUCUGAAUCCACAAAUACUUCUAUAUUUACACAAACAGGUGCAAUUUCAGAGGUGAAAGGGGAACGCAGUGUUGUUUACUGACCUUAAAGUCUAUUUUUGAUCUGAGAUGAAGUCGUGUUUUGUCGGUUCUUAACUUAUUUAUUGUUUUUAACGAUUCCGUGGAGUUUUACAUGACGGCGGAGCUGCCUUUGAACAAGCUGCUGCUUCUUUACAAAAAAAUCUACAACCAAGUCUGUUAAACUCUCUGUGCUGUCACUGGAAGACCCUGGCUAACCACUAGCAUGGCUAGGCUAGCAAAUAGCAUCUCUAGCCAAGUCACAUCAUUAGCAUCUCUAGGCUAGCCACUAGCAUUCCUCAGCAAGUCAUUAGCACCCCUAGGCUAGCCACUAGCAUUCCUCAGCAAGUCAUUAGCAUCCUUAGACUAGCCACUAGCAUUCCCCAGCAAGUCAUUAGCACCACUAGGCUAGCCACUAGCAUCUCUAGGCUUGAGACUAGAAUUCUGAGGUUAUCCACUAGUAUUACUAGGCUAGAAAUAGGCUAGCGUCUAGCAUCUCUAGUUUUGAGACUAGCAUUCCUAGGCUAGCCACGAGUAUUCCUUGAUUAGCAACUAGCAUCCCUAGGUUUGAGACUAGAAUUCUGAGGUUAUCCACUAGUAUUACUAGGCUAGAAAUAGGCUAGCGUCUAGCAUCUCUAGUUUUGAGACUAGCAUUCCUAGGCUAGCCACGAGUAUUCCUAGAUUAGCAACUAGCAUCCCUAGGUUUGAGACUAGAAUUCUGAGGUUAGCCAUGAGUAUUCCUUGGCUAGAAAUAGGCCAGUAAUUAGCAUCCCUAGGCUUGUCACUAGCAGUAUUAUGCUAAUGGCUUAUAUAGCUCGUCUAAGCUAGGGUAGCAACAAGAAUAUUUAAGCUAAUCAUUAGCAUUUUGAGGCUAGUGAGGAGCAUUUCUAGGCAAGUCACCAGUACUCUAAGGUUCUGAUAGAAUAGUCAUUAGCACUCCUAGACAAAUCAUUAGCAUUCCUAGGUUAGCAGUAGGCUAGUAACUAGCAUCCUGAGGCUAAUGACCAGCAUUCCCAGGCUUUGCUAAGCUAAAAACUCUAAUUCUUCGGCCUGUCACUUGGUUUCCGAGCAUAACGACCAGCUGAGGGGUUGUAACUUCUUUAAUCUUUGUUUUUUCUGUGAAUUACUGCUUAUUUUUACUUCUUUAUAUGGGUGGAGACUAGUCAAGGUUUUUCUUGUAAGUAUGGUUAAUUCAGAAGCUAUUUUACAAGCGAACAUCUUAAAAAAUGUAGUCUUAAUCUGUAGCCAGUGACCAAAGCUAAAAGAAACCACAAGUACCUCUGGAAUGUACAGAGCUGUAAUAGAGAAACUAAGACUUUUACUUUGAAAGUCUCAUGGAGCUCAGAUCAAAGGCAGCUUCACCCUCUGUGUGUUUUUAUGUCUGUAAAUAAUUAUUCUGAAUCCUAACCUGAGCUGAACACCAGUUUCAGAGGCACAAGGGAACAGGAUGCUUCAGAUGAUCUAUUUUAACAAAUGUUCCUCAGAUGUUCGGAUCAGAACCAGAACUGGUUUCCCCUGAAAAGUCUUGAAUCGUGGCUUCAGUCACAUGGAGCAGUCCGCCUUUUUUAUUCCAAAUGUUUUUACACACUAACCACUCUUUCAGCUGAGAACAUUUUUACCAGAAAAACAUUAAAAUCAAGUUUGUCCUCAAAGUGAAUAUUGGAGAGAAGUAACGAGGAACAUGCAGCGAUGUCAGAUUCACACUGUGAACAACGAGGCUAACGCAUCUAGUACGGGUUAUUAUAUAGCAUUAUAGUCAGCAGAAUUUACAGGAAACUGGCCAGUAGCAGCUAAAUUUAAGGUCUUCGUGGCUUUGUUCCAUCUUCAUUACACUGGAAAAAAAUGCCCUCUCAAAACAAGAAAAAAACUACUUUUUUUAAGGAACUUUUACUUUCAAAUAAGUGAAAAAAUCUGCCAAUAGAACAAGUGAAAAUGGUUUGGUAAGAUUUCUAGAAAUAAGAUAUGAUAUUUAGAAUAUUGAGAUCUUAAAAUUAGCUGGGAAAACUUAUUUUAAGCUCUAUUUUACCAGGAUUGUCAAGCUUAGGUGUCUUAAAAUAAGCCAGAUAUGCUUAAAAAAUAUAGUAGUUUUUCACUCAAAAAUAGAUUUUUGCUUUCAUGUAACCUCCUAAUUUGAGAUGUUUUAACCCUCCUGUUGUCCUCAUUUACGGGCACCAAAAAAUAUUGUUUCCUUGUCUGAAAAAAAAAUCCAAAAAUUCAGCAAAAAAAUUCCCCAAAUUUCUGAAAAUUUGCAAAACCUUCAGGAAGAAAAUUCCAAUAAUUUCUUAAGUUUCCCUUAAAAGUUUUGUUUUUUAAAAAUCCCCCAAAUUUGGCAAUUCUUGCAAAUAUUUUCAAAAAAUGAGUAAAAAUCUUGCAAAAAAUCCUAAAAAUAUCUAAAGUGAUUCCAUAUAUAUCAGUAAAACUUGUAAUAUUAUCUUUAAGAACAUUCACAUAAAAAUCAACCAAAAUCCAGUGAAAUUCGCUGGAUUUUGGUUGAUAUUUAUGUGAAUGUUCUUAAACAUUUUUAACAUUUUUUUUCCCACCAAAAAUGUUGAAAAUGUGGACAUCAGAAAUUUCACUGUGAAAACAGAUUUCUUUCCCACAUUUUCAAACUUUAAAAUGAGUCAAUUUUGACCUGCAGGACGACAUGAGGAUUCAACUUAUUUUGAGUUUUCUUGUAAAAUUCAACUCAAACAAGAUAAUUUCCAGAUUGUUUGACUGAACAAGAUAUUUAAGAUGCAUUGUCCUCCAUCUGCUGAAAUGUCUCUUGUUAAGUGAAUUUAUCUUAAAUCCAGUGGGAUGAGACAUUUGGACUAAAAAUAAGACAAACAGACUUGGUCAGAUUUUGAGUUUCUGCAGUGUAGUCGCCCAUCGAGGGCCUCUGACUGAUUCAUUGCUCAUUUUGCUCACAGUGUGAAUUAAAGCUGGAAGCUGCCUUAUCGUUGUGUCUGGUUUUACUGCAGUAGAGGAACAAAUACUACGUUCCCUGAAUGUUCCCCAUAACUCUGUGGUCCUCAGCUAGGUUUGGUUCCUGCUGUAGAGAUGAGGUUCAUGUUUUCUAUGGAUGAUGUGCAAUUGUGCUGAAGAGACGGUUUCUGAAACUCAAGAGUUCUUUUCUUCCUCUCUGGGUGAAACACAAGCAGGUUUGAAAUGUUUCUGUGAUGUUUGAGGUACACCAACGUUUUGCUCUUUUAAUUAAGUCUUUUUUCUCCGAAGAGCGUCUGAACAGAACGUCUUUUUGUAAAUUCUGGACGACAGACGCUCAACGUUUCUAACUGUGGAUGUUUUGUUGAUAUCAGCUCGAUAGCAGUUGAUCUGUUUUCCGUUUGGUUUGUUUUUGUAUCGUCGGGGUGCGCUUGUUUCCGUUCAUCCAGUAAAAGUGACUUUUGUUAGCUAGAAGGAAACAAACGCACCCUUUUGGCUGUUCUCCAGACAGCGGGAAGGAAUGUUUGUACAAACGAAGGAGGUCUGAAACUAACAUUCAGCCAAACAGCUUUUCUGUUUGUCGGAGUGUUGAUAAAACGUUCAUCAGCUCACCCAGAACAUCAUCACGUCUGAUUCUAAACCAAACAUACCUCCAUCUUCAUGUUCUCCCCCUCUGCUCCGGAACAUCUUCCUACGUUCGGCUGGUUUGGCUCAACGUUAGUUUCAGGUCCUGCAAACUAAACCAACGAUGAGUUUAAUAUCAUGUUUACAAGCGACUGAUGUUUAUUUAUUCCAUGUCUUAAAGCGUGACCUGUGUUUUAUUGAUAUGCUGCUCUGGUUUGUUCAACCUGAAGUAAAACAGACGUCUUUUAAACUA